CCGUUCCGGGUGCAAAACCCGAAUGCUGAGCCAGCAGCAGCAAUAAAACCCCGAAGGCCCAUGCUGUCUUUAGUGCAUUUCCAGAAUUUGCCGUGAAAAGACAUCCAGAGAACCCAGAGAAAUGCUGACGAAACUGCUCAAGAUCAGCUGCACGUCGCGUCAGUGCACCUUUGCCAAACCCUACGAGGCCAUUCCCGGGCCUCGUGGUCCCUUUGGGAUGGGCAAUCUCUACAACUAUCUGCCUGGAAUCGGAUCCUACUCUUGGCAGAAGCUACACCAGGCCGGGCAGGAUAAGUACGAGAAGUACGGGGCCAUUGUCAGGGAAGUCAUAGUGCCCCGCCAGGACAUCGUCUGGCUGUACGAUCCCCGGGACAUUGCCUUGCUGCUCAACGAGCGCGACUGUCCGCAGCGGAGGAGUCACCUGGCUCUGGCCCAGUACCGCCAGAAGCGACCGGAAGUGUACAAGACCACCGGUCUGCUGCCCACCAAUGGUCCGGACUGGUGGCGCCUACGUGCCCAGCUCCAAAAGGAGCUUAGUGCUCCGAAGAGUGUGCGUGGCUUCGUUAACCAAGUGGACGGCGUCACUCAGGAGUUCCUGAGAUUUCUCCAAGAGUCACGGGAUGACGGCAGUGUGGCCAUCGACAUGCUUCCCAAACUCACCAGAUUGAAUUUGGAAUUAACCUGCCUGCUCACCUUUGGGGCCCGCCUGCAGUCCUUUUCCCACAAGGAGCAGGAUGCUGAGUCCCGCUCCACCCGCUUAAUGCAUGCCGCCGAGACCACAAACAGUUGUAUCCUGCCCACCGAUCAGGGUCUUCAGUUGUGGCGUUUCCUAGAGACACCCAGCUAUCGAAAGCUGAGCCAAGCCCAGUCCUUCAUGGAGGGAGUGGCUCUGGAACUUCUGGAAGAGAACAUAAGCAAUGGUUCGGUGGGUUCCUCGCUUAUCUCAGCAUACCUAAAAAAUCCCGAACUGGAUCGCAGUGAUGUGGUGGGAACAGCUGCAGAUUUGCUCCUGGCAGGCAUCGAUACCACCUCGUAUGCCUCUGCUUUUCUGCUCUAUCAUGUGGCCAGGAAUCCCGAGGUGCAGCAGCGACUCUACGAAGAGGCCAAGCGAGUGUUACCCAAUCCCAAGGAGUCCUUAUCGGCGGAUGUCCUGCGCACCGAUAUCACCUACACUAGGGCUGUGCUCAAGGAAUCUUUGCGCCUAAAUCCCAUAGCUGUGGGUGUGGGUAGAAUCCUCAACCAGGAUGCAGUUUUCAGUGGCUACUUUGUGCCUAAGGGGACCACCGUGGUGACCCAGAACAUGGUGGCCUGUCGGCUGGCCCAGCACUUUGAGGAACCUUUGAUGUUCAAGCCAGAUCGUUGGCUUCAGCACCGCAGUGCCUUGAAUCCAUAUCUAGUCCUUCCCUUCGGUCACGGAAUGAGGGCCUGCAUAGCCCGUCGCCUGGCCGAGCAGAACAUGCACAUUCUGCUGCUCCGGAUGGUGCGCCACUUUGAACUGAUUUGGAGCGGCUCCGAUGCUCAGCUGGAUGUCAAGACCCUGCUGAUAAACAAACCCGAUGCUCCAGUUCUCAUCGAGCUGAAACCACGUACCGACUAGGCUCUACAUUUAAGUCUUAUGCAAACUACUUCUGAGAGAAAACAGACUUUUUGUACAAUUUUUAAAUAAUUCGUUUAUUAAUUGUAUUAAAUUAGUUUAUAAUUAGUGUAAAUUAUAUAUAACUAGACUUGCAUUUAAUGUGAUUGAAAGGCUGCGGGUGUUUUGGUCUAAGUACUAAAGAGAACGACAAAAAGGCAUUCAUUGAAAAUUCAUCCAAAAGAUUUGGGCUGCCAAAUACUCGAAUAAAUGGAUUGUUUUGCCAUGAGUUUCGGGGCUGUCUUUUGCUCAUAAGAAGUUGGGUUUAGAAAUUAUUAACCAAAUACUUCAAAUUCGAGUAUUUUGUGCUCUUUACGACAAUCCCGACGAUUGCUCGUAUGUGUUGUAUGUGUUGUGGUGACUAAAUAUUCCAGUACAAUGUUUAAUUAUAGAUAUAUGGGAAUCGUUAGCAUAUAUGGCUCUAUAAAAGUGGUCCGACCUAGCCCCUAGCUCCUCACUCUCCUCCCUUUGUUGUCCUUAAGCUCAACUCGAGUGAAAACCGCUUACAUACAUACACAUAUAUAUAAACUAUAUAGUCUACUACCUGUUUCGCUCUUGUCCCAGUUCAAGUUCAAGUCAAAAAUAUAUAUAUAUGGUUGUGGGGCAGCUUGCCUGCUCUAUAUACUGAUACUCCGUACGAUUCUAGUCUGAUCUAACCUAUAAGGACUUUGGUUGUUUGCCGCACUACACGCUAGGAUGAUUGGUGAAAAAAUACAUCUAGAUAUACACGUACUAUCUGUGAACUUUACUUCCCGCUAUGUUAUGUUCGAAAAAUAAAUGAUUUCAUGAGGGAUAUAUUUGGGGUUUCCAUAUAAACUGAGUUCUUUCGAUUUGAAUGUUCUUUUAGAUUAAGAAAAGGUUCUGAAAUCUCUUGGAAGCCUUUCACUAUAUUGAUGUUCCUCUGAAAUCGAAAGAAUCUGAAAACCCCAAACAGUGCCCCUUUCUGUCCUUUACUUUAUGUGAGAAGACUGUUUCAGGAAGCGAUUCGAGUCUUCUACUUUAUGGCUAUCGUUGAAUAUGUGUUCGAUGAAGGAUGAGAUAUGAGUCCAGUUCCGUGUCCUGCUGCCUAGCUUAUAGUUCCAGCAGCAGGACC